CGCCUCCGUGCUUGCCGCGUGGCGGGUGGGUUCCUCCGGGUCGGGGCCCCGUGCCGCCUGUUCACCUGGGGCGGGACUGUGGCCCCAUCCCACAGGUCUCCCGCCCGUGCACCUGCCGCCUAACGCCGCGCGCCGCGCCGUGCGCCUGCCCCGCGCUCCCCGUCCGCCUGCCCCGCGCUCCCCGUCCGUGUGUCUCCUAGUCCCCAGCGAGGGGUCUGUCUGUUCCCCUGGCAGGCUGACCAAGGGGCCGGCGUCACCGCUACGUGCGGCGGGGCCGGCGCGGCGGGCGGGGUGAGGGCGGCGCUGAGCGCAGCGGCGGCAGCGGCGGCGCGGGAGGCGGGGAGGCGCGGCGCGCCGGGGACAGCGGCGGACGGCGGCGGCGGCAUGCGGCUCCUCGGGCUGCCCAUCGUGGGCUGAGGCGGCCGCAGAACGGGCGGGAGGCGCGGCGGCCGGGCAAGCCGAGGGCGCAGCCAGCCGGGCGGACCGCGGACAGCGGUCGGGGCGCCGCGCCAUGGGGCGAGCCGGGGGCGGGGGCCCGGGCCGGGGGCCGCCGCCACUGCUGCUGUUUCUGGGGGCCGCGCUGGUCCUGGCCUCUGGGGCCGUGCCGGCGCGUGAGGCGGGCAGCGCGGUUGAGGCCGAAGAGCUGGUGAAGGGCAGCCCGGCGUGGGAGCCGCGUGCCAACGACACGCGGGAAGAAGCCGGCCCACCAGCGGCUGGGGAAGAUGUGGCGUCGUGGACGGCGCCCGGUGGCGAGCUGGCCGGGCCAGAAGAGGUGCUGCAGGAGUCGGCUGCGGUGACCGGCACCGCCUGGCUGGAGGCUGACAGCCCAGGCCUGGGAGGAGUGACCGCAGAGGCGGGCAGCGGCGAUGCCCAGGCCCUUCCAGCUACGCUCCAGGCUCCCCACGAGGUCCUCGGGCAGUCAAUCAUGCGCCCUGCCAUUCCUGAGGCUACAGAGGCCAGCGGGCCACCCUCCCCCACCCCCGGCGACAAGCUGAGCCCAGCUUCUGAACUCCCCGAGGAGAGCCCCUUGGAGGUUUGGCUGAACCUGGGGGGCAGCACACCGGACCCUCAAGGGCCAGAGCUGACUUACCCAUUUCAGGGCACCCUGGAGCCCCAACCGGCAUCAGAUAUCAUUGACAUCGACUACUUCGAAGGACUGGAUGGUGAGGGUCGUGGCGCAGAUCUGGGGAGCUUCCCAGGGUCACCAGGAACCUCAGAGAACCACCCUGAUACUGAGGGAGAGACCCCUUCCUGGAGCCUGCUUGACUUAUACGAUGAUUUCACCCCCUUCGAUGAAUCUGAUUUCUACCCCACCACAUCCUUUUAUGAUGACUUGGAUGAAGAGGAGGAGGAAGAGGAGGAUGACAAAGAUGCAGUAGGAGGUGGAGACCUAGAAGAUGAAAAUGAGCUUCUAGUGCCCACUGGGAAGCCUGGUCUGGGGCCCGGGACAGGCCAGCCCACCAGUCGGUGGCAUGCUGUCCCUCCACAGCACACUCUGGGGUCGGUCCCCCCCGGCAGCAGCAUCGCCCUCAGGCCCCGCCCAGGAGAGCCAGGCAGGGACUUGGCCUCCAGUGAAAAUGGCACUGAGUGCCGCAGUGGCUUUGUGCGGCAUAACGGCUCCUGCCGGUCAGUGUGCGACCUCUUCCCAAGUUACUGUCACAAUGGCGGCCAGUGCUACCUGGUGGAGAACAUAGGGGCCUUCUGCAGGUGCAACACGCAGGACUACAUCUGGCACAAGGGGAUGCGCUGCGAGUCCAUCAUCACCGACUUCCAGGUGAUGUGCGUGGCCGUGGGCUCGGCUGCCCUCGUCCUGCUCCUGCUCUUCAUGAUGACGGUGUUCUUUGCCAAGAAGCUCUACCUGCUCAAGACGGAGAAUAUCAAGCUGCGUAGGACCAACAAAUUCCGGACCCCAUCUGAGCUCCACAAUGAUAACUUCUCCCUCUCCACCAUUGCCGAGGGCUCUCACCCAAAUGUAAGGAAACUUUGCAACACUCCCCGUACCUCCUCCCCCCAUGCCCGUGCCUUGGCUCACUAUGAUAACGUUAUCUGUCAGGAUGAUCCUAGUGCUCCCCACAAAAUCCAGGAGGCUCUCAAGUCCUGCCUGAAAGAGGAGGAGUCAUUUAACAUCCAGAACUCCAUGUCGCCCAAACUUGAGGGUGGCAAAGGUGACCAGGCUGACUUGGAUGUGAACUGUCUUCAGAAUAAUUUAACCUAAAGCAGAGCAAGAAGAGAGGAAGCGGGGGUAGUGGGUGGGGGGUAGGGGAAGAAACAUUAUCUCCUCUUGUACAGAGUCUAUUUCUUGUAACCAUUUGUUAAACUCUUUUCUUUUUCUGAUCUCGUGGCAUGCUUUUAUGUAUUUUGUACAGGAGGCAAAAAAAAUACUUAAAAUAAGCAAAGAAACUGAACAGAAUUGCAUACAUUGGGUUGUUUUGUCUGUGCUGUCUGUACAUUGCUUCUGCUGCUGUGAUUUCUAAACCUGUGCUGUUAUUCAACUGACUUUUUUUUGUACUUUGACCCACCUUUUUUUGAAAUACCAGUAAAAAACAAAGUUCUUGAAAUAAAACUUUUUAAAAAGUUA